AUGGAGUAUGAAGUUUUUGGUGAUGUGUUAGCAUUUGAUGCAACAUAUGGGAAAAAUAAGUAUUUAUGUCCUGUAGUUGUAUUUUCUGGUGUUAAUCAUCACAAUCAUACGAUAGUAUUUGGGAGUGCUAUUGUUUCAAAUGAAACUGAAGAAACAUAUAUUUGGGUACUUGGGCAAUUUGUAGAAGCCAUGAAAGGAAAGUCACCAAUGUCUAUUAUCACUGAUGGUGAUGUUGCAAUGAAAAAUGCGAUAAGAAAGGUAUUUCCUAAUUCACACCAUAGAUUGUGUGCAUGGCACUUAUUAAGGAAUGCGACAACUAACAUUAAGAAGCCAGCAUUUACAAAGGAUUUAAGAAAAUGCAUGUUGGGUGAGUAUGAAAUUGGUGAAUUUCGAAAGAAGUGGUCUGAAAUGUUGAACAAGUUUGAGUUGCAUGAUCAUCCUUGGGUUAUAGACUUAUUUGAAAAGAGGAAGAUGUGGUGUACAACUUAUAUUAGAGGGGCUUUCUUUGGUGGUUUUAGGGCAACUUCUCGGUGUGAAGGAUUACAUUCUGAGUUGAAAAAAUAUAUUCAUCCGAAGAUUAAUCUGACAGUGUUUGUUCAACAAUUUAAUCGUCUUGUGAGUUAUAUGCGUUAUAGGGAAGUUGAAGCUGACUUUGCAUCAAUUCAUGGUGAUCCUAUUCUAGAAACAGAUUUUCAUAACCUUGAGCUAUCGGGGGCAAAGUGUUAUACGAAAGAAAUAUUCAAAUUAUUUCGUGAUCAGCUUCAUAGUUCAUCUUUGAUGAGGGUGAUUGGUUGCAAGCAGACAUUUGGUUGUUGUAUAUACAUAGUGAGAAAAUAUGAAAUCAGUCACAAACAAUGGCAUGUGUCAUAUGAAUCAACACCGUGUGAUUUGAAGUGUUCGUGCUUAAGAAUGGAAUCAGUCGGCAUUCCAUGUGAUCAUAUACUUGCAGUGUUGGUUCAUCUGAAUUUAUCAGAGUUACCAAAAUGUUUGGUGUUAAAAAGGUGGACAAAGGUCGCAAAGGAUGAAGUGAAGGGCAAUGUUAGUAGACAUAGGUGGGAGUCUGAGAAAGAUGCUAGAUACUUGUCAUUAAUGGAGUAUUUUAAAGAGCUCAGUACUUUGGCAUGUGAAACAUACGAUGAUUAUGUUGAUAAAAGGGAAAAAGUUGUAAAUGAAUUAGUUGAAAUAAGAGCUAAAAAAUGUGAUGAAUCCGAAGAAGGCAAUGCAUUGGGUGAUGAAUUAAGUGUAGUUAUAAGAAAUCCUGCCAUUGCUAGAAGUAAAGGAAGGUCUGUUGUUGAAGGUACAUGGCGCAAAGGUAGGAAAUCAAAAAAGAGUAUUAAGUGUAGUUUGUGUAAACAAAUAGGUCAUAACAUGAGAACAUGUGGAAGACAACAAAAUUUGGAUGAUAUGGAACAAAACACAAGUGGAAUGAGUUUUGAAUUUGAAGAAAGUUAUGAAGAUGAAUACAUUGAAGAUUUGUUUGAAAAAUGUGAUGAAUUUCAUAAUGGGGUUGCUGAGAUGUCUGUUUCACAGUCAGAAUCAAUAUAUAGUUAUGAAGUGUCGUUAUCUCCAGCAUUCAGUGAUGCAG